AUGCGUGCGGAGCUCCUGGUGGAGGCGCAGCGUGGGGCCUGGCUGCAGAAGGAGAUGGAGCGAUGUGAGGCUGACGUCGAGGUGUGGAGAGGGGUGGCGGAGGAGGCGCGACUGCAGCAGCAGCGGCAUGUGUGCGCUGCGCGGGUGGACCGCCUCGUCGCGAUGGAGCACGCGACCCGUCACUCGUUGCGCCACGACGAGUUGUGUGUGCGGCAUAACCUCCACGCGUUGCACACCGCGGCGGUGGCGGCGCUGCAGGAGCGCGCGAUACAGACGUCCAUGGCUGAUGCUGACGCUCAACUACAGGCGUUGGGGCGCCUCAUCGUCGAGUAUUGUGCUCGCGACGCCUUCGGCCGAUGGCUUCUUUUUGCCGAGCAGCGAAAACGGCGAUGCGAUGCCCGCUACACUGCGUCGGUCGCCACCGCUGCUGCGGUUUGGCUUGACGACUCAACGAGGUGCAUCACGGCACUGUGCGACGCCAAACUUGGCAUGCUCCUCGCCACCGUGGACGCCGUGGCGGGCCGCUACGCUGCUGUGGCGCAGCGCCUGACAGACGACCUGGCGGAGGCACAAAAUGCGGCUGAAAUCGCGCGCACUGAGCGUGACAGGCAUGUACUUGCCGAUCUGCAGCGCUGUGGCGCGUUGUGGGCUGCAUUCACAGCAACAGCAGCUGGUUGGUGCGCUGGUCGCGAACAGUUGAUGCUGGAGUGUCGCUCUGCCCCGGUGGUUACGACACCUGACUGCAGCGAUGUCGUUGCAUGCCUGCGGGAGCCGUUGUGGGCGCAGGAGGCCUCGGACACUGCUUCUACUGCUGCAUCACCACUCGAGCAGGCGAUGCGCCUUCUGUCCAGUGAGAGGGCAGCGCUGGCCGAGCACGUGCGAGACGUGAUCGAUGUUAUGCGAUUUACCGCCGCAGAGUCGCUCGAGGCUCAGAGACAGCAGCACAGCGAUGUAGUCGACGAACUGCUGCAGUACCAAGCGUUCCUCGAAGGCAGGCUCGCGGCUGCGGGUGCUGUCGAUAACAUCGGGUUGCAGCAGCGGCAAAUGCGUGAAGCACGCAAGCGGGACGAAGUGGCGGAGAUGGCCGGGCGCAUCGCGUCGCUGUUGGCCGCAGUGGAGCGCAGUGACGCUGCCCGUGAGGAGGAGAGGCUCCGUCACGUGGAGGAGGUGCGCGUGUUGCGACAGCGACUGGAUGAUCAGCAGCAGCAGCAGCAGAUGGCGCACAUGCUGCAGGCAGCCGAGUCCACCCGAGCGGAUCAUGAGCGUGAGGUUGGGGCGCUGUUGCAAGACACCGUGCGGCAGUACGGGCGCGUGCUGCUGGCCCUCGAGGAAGACGUGGCGGGCCGCCACGCAGCGUUCCGCGCCUCCACGGGCAUGCUGGCGGACGUGCACCGCUUCUCGGACGCGCUGCUGCGCCGUUCCGAAGCGGAUCUGCAGUGUUUAGCUGAGCGGCAGGAGCUGGCAUGCAGAAUGUUGCGUCAGCAACAGCAGGAACAGCAGGAGCAGGAGUCCGCCGCUAGUGACGCAGUGCGUGUGCUGCGAGCGGAGCAUGAGUCCGAGGUGGCGGCGCUGAUGCGUACGCUGCACGCCACGCGGGAGAAGGCGACGGCAAUAUCCCACGAACUGCGGGAAGAGCACGAGGCCUGCGAAGCACGCAGGCGGGACGAAGUGGCGGAGAUGGCCGGGCGCAUCGCGUCGCUGUUGGCCGCAGUGGAGCGCAGUGACGCUGCCCGUGAGGAGGAGAGACUCCGUCACGUGGAGGAGGUGCGCGUGUUGCGGCAGCGACUGGAAGAUGAGCAGCAGCAGCAGCAGCAGAUAGCGCACAUGCUGCAGGCAGCCGAGUCCACCCGAGCGGAUCAUGAGCGUGAGGUUGGGGUGCUAUUGCACGACACCGUGCGGCAGUACGGGCGCGUGCUGCUGGCCCUCGAGGAAGACGUGGUGAGCCGCCACGCGGCGUUUUUCACUGCAGCCGGUGUCCUUUUAGACGCGGGCCAGCGAAGGCUGUCGGGAGUUGCCGCUGAAGCACAGCAGCAGCUGGACGCCCUACGGUGGGAGGCACAGCGGUUUGAGGUCCAGUUGCAGGCUGCAGAGCGGCGCCACGUGGCGGAGUGCGAUGAAUUGCGCAGCGCACUCGAGGUGGAGCGUGCGGCUCACAGGGCGGCGGUGGCGGUCGUGCGUGAGCGAAUACCGGACCCCCCCAUGGACAGCUGCGGCCCGACGGACAGCUGCGAGAUGGUGCUGGAGAGCGCCGCCCUCGUCGUGGAGGAGGCGAACUGCGGACUAAUCGACGAGAGACUCUGCGCGCUGGUGCCUUGCGGCGCGGAGGAGGAGCCAGCGGGGCGGCAGCCGGACGAGACGGCUGUGGGGAGCGGCUGCGCGUCGCCAGCUGUCGUGCGUUCGUUGCCGGCGGCGGCUUUCCGUACGCCACCGCGCCGCGCCGUCUCCACCGACGACGUGGCCCGGUCGAUGGUGCGGUACUCAAGGAUGCUGAAUGAACAGCGCUUCAAGAACGACACGAGGUUGCGUCAUCUCGACAACCUUGUGACGCAGGUUGACGACCUCAUCGAGCGCGGCCGUGCCGUGGCGCGGGCGGAUCGGAGCCCGAGUGAACGCGACAGGCGGCCACACACCGCGCGUUAG